CAAGAUUUUUGUGCCGCAAGUGCCAGUGACGGUCUCCUUGUAAAUAAAUCGUACGAAAAGUGACACACUGAAAUAGGGGUGUGUCCCCAAGGGAAUUUUGGCUUACAUUCUUGAAGCUCCUACUUUAAAUAUUAUUAGAUUUGCACCGUACGAUAGUGAAAACUGACAUUCCUUCGUCAGUUUGUUUGAUCGUAACGAGCGGUGGUUCAUUAUCAUGUUCAUUGGUGGUAGUGAAGCACAUUUUAGGCGCCAUUUGCAUGCAUGCCGUACGGAGGGAGAUUCGGAUUCGGUGUGUUACAUUGGCUCCUCACACCUUAAUACAUUGGUUGCAGCAUAAUAAAUCUUUCCUGGACGAACGGGGAGCGAUUCUUGCCUGACGACAUACGACUGAACGAUUCAGAGGAAAGUAGGCAAGUGUGGUGGUCAGCAUGGCAGACACAAGUCAAGCAGGGCAGCCACCACCAGCUGAGCCACAGACAAAUGGCAUUGAAUUUGAUGAGGAAGACAAGAACAAGCUACGACCUGCUGACAUUGAUGCCGAUAUGCGAGAAAUGGAACGUCGGAAGCGAGUGGAGAUGAUAAUGAACAGUCGACUGUUCCGUGAGGAGUUGGAGCGGAUCAUCGAGUUACAGAUGAAAGAUGGUGGUGGUCCAGUAGGCUUAUUGCAGCAGAUCUCAGAUAUGAUGGGUGUGCAGGGUGGCCGUCUUCACUCUGGACACAUGUUCAAAAGUUCAAAUUGUGUUGUUCCCAUUAAUGACAUUCGAGGUGUGGAAAGCAUGGGUUACGCUAAAGGAGAAAAGAUACUGCGAUGUAAGUUGGCAUCGGCCUACAGGUUGAUGGAUCUGUAUGGUUGGACUCAAGGCGUUUAUAACCAGAUCUCGGCAAGGUUAAAUCAAGACCAAGAACACUUCCUGGUGAACCCAUUUGGUAUGCUGUAUCAUGAAAUCACAGCAUCCAGUCUGGUGAAAAUUGAUAUGCAAGGAUCGGUAGUAGAACAGGGUACUACCAACUUUGGUAUUGAUGUAGCUGGUUUUAUGUUGCAUUCAGCAAUACACGCAGCUCGUCCAGACAUCAAAUGCAUCAUCCAUAUUCGUACACCCUCAGUGCUUGCAAUGUCAUCCCUCAAAUGUGGGCUGUUGCCGCUGUGCCAUGGAGCGAUUGUUAUUGGAGAAGUGAGUCAGCACCCGUAUCUUGGGGGGCUCUUUGAACCAGAAGAGCGGGAGAAGAUUGCACGAAAUUUAGGACCCAUGAACAAAGUUAUGUUUCUUGCGAACCAUGGUGCAGUUUGUUGUGGUGAAACAGUUGAAGAAGCAUUUUUCAAUGUCCACCAUCUUGUGCUGGCAUGUGAAAACCAGUUGAAAUUAAUGCCACUUGGUGUCGAGAACUUGGUUCUGGUGCCUGACGAGACAUGCAAAAAGGUGUAUGAGGCAGCGAGACGCCCACCUGAUGCCACGCCUAAGCAGCUUCAAGAUUCCACUGACGGUCCUGCCACAUCUUCUAAGAAGGAAAAGCCAUGGCGUGUUGGCGUUGUGGAGUUUGAGGCUCUAAUGAGGAUGCUUGAUAAUGCUGGUUUCCGCACAGGCUACAUAUAUAGACAUCCAUUAGUGAAGGGUGAACCCCCUCGUCCUCGAAAUGAUGUAGAGGUCCCACCAGCUGUUUCCUCGCUCGGAUACCUGCUGGAAGAAGAGGAGCUGUACAAACAUGGACAGUGGAAAAAGUACAUUGAUGGACGCAAGACUCACGAUCGCACGCGAUGGCUCAACUCUCCAAAUGUCUACCAGAAGGUUGAGAUUCUGGAGACAGGAACACCAGAUCCCAAGAAGAUUACAAAGUGGGUGGAUGCAAAUGCAGAGGAGUGGGUGACAGACGGCUCUCCGACACAUAGUAGCACUCCGGUGAGGAUUGAAAGUGCACUGCAGUUUGUACCCAAGAACACUGAUCCUCGAGAAUUUAAGAAGCUCCAGCAGCAGAUUAAGGAUAAUAGACGUGCCGACAAAAUAACAUCAGGUCCACAGUCACACAUCUUAGAAGGUGUAUCGUGGGAAGAAGCCAAGAAACUGCAGGAUGCAAACAUCUCGGCAACAGGGGACCAGGUUAUCCUAGUGGGAGCCGCGUCCAAGGGAAUCAUUCAGCGAGGAUUUCAGCACAAUGCCAUGGUCUACAAGACACCAUAUGCCAAGAAUCCAUUUGAUACGAUCACAGAUGAGGAGCUGGAGGAAUACAAGAAGGUUGUAGAGAGGAAACAGAAGGGAGAGUCAUUUGACGAGGACCAGUCUGAAUCAGAACCUCUUUCAUCGUCACUCCAGAAUAGCCGGCCGACCAAUGAUGGGAGCCUAGGCCUCAUGAAAUCGCCCCUUACUUCACCCAUGUCUGCAGCCAGUGAAACGGAAGAAGAGAGCAGAGAUGAGCCACGAGUGUUGCGGAUAGAGACAAAACAGGUACCGCGACCUAGCCAAGCCGAAGUUGUCCUCAGUGAUGCUGAUUCUGAUUUUCCUGACCCGAAUGUCGAGCGCUCCAUGUCACUUCGCUACCCAGCAAAAGCUCCAGAAACUGCCGAUGAUUCAGGGCAAUUCAGACGCUCAUGGUCUCUGGGUCGGGACAAGACAAAGAAAGGGGAGAAUACGGUGAAUGGAGAUGACCCAGAUGCACCCCACAGCACAUUCUCACAGAGCAGCAAAGAGGGUUCACCCACUAAAGACAUGUCAACUGAGGAGUCACCCAAAAAGGACAAGAAAAAGAAGAAGGGCCUAAGAACACCAUCCUUCCUCAAGAAGAAAAAGGAGAAGAAGAAGAUUGCUGAAGCAUAGGUAGUAAAGCUAUAAAGUACUGCCAUGUAAAAUGAAGCAUGGGAAAAAUAAAGUGACCACCUCCCACAAUCUUUCAAAAGAAUGAACUACUGCCAUUUGACAGGUCUUAGCAUUCAGUUGGACGAAACGGGCUGGUGUGUGGUGUGUGUUGCUAUUGUGCCAUACGCACACAUCCAUUACGUCCAUGUCUGCUUGCUGCAGUGUGGGCACGAUGACGCAGCAAGCCUCCGUCAUUGCUACAUGAAUUAUUGCUCGCUGCUUCUUAAAUUGUUUUUAUUUUUAAACAAUAGAUAUAUAAUAUAGCUCUGUACAGACCAAGAAAGCGAAGAAGAAAAAGUAUGUGCAAAAUUCAAGAAAGGAGGUGAUUAAAAAUAUCAAAAAGAAGCGAUUAUAACUUACAACUAUUAUUACUAUAUGUACAUGGAGUUGAGCCUACGAUGCUUUUUAUUACAUUUUCCAACAGCAGACGUAGGACAGUAGCAUUUCAGAUGUUACCUAUCGUGCUUGGAUGGUUUCUGCAAUUUGCUGGUGUGCAGGACAUGAUUGUUGGCACGCUAAUAUGCUUGAGGAACAAAUGUAGUUUAAUUAUUCUCUGGUGCACAAAUAAUUGGGUGCAUUAUCUUUCUACCGUUAUAAAGGAGCUUGCAAAUUGAGUAGUGCUCCUUCUUUCUAUUGUGGGCUUUCGAUAUUGGUGCAGAAAUAAACUGUGGGUACGAGGUCCAUCGGAUUACUCUGUGAAUUUGUAAUGUUUAUUAUGUCAGUUUACUUGCUGCCAUUGGUUUUACAUAUUUGCUCGUUCGCAACACAACUGGAACAGCCUUCCCUUUAUGUUGCUAUGUAUGCAGUCAGUGUUCACGGUAUCUUUUAUGGAGUGACAGUUUUAGAUCAAUAGUGUUAUUAGUGAAUAAUUAGAUAUUUAAAACAAAAUGCAUAAGGAAAAGUGAAGCUUUUUGGAGGAAUAGAAUUGUAAAGAAAUCUCAGGCUUCCUGGACAGGUGAAGUGAGAAAGUGUGAUACAGACAUUGCAUGGAACUGGGUAUAAAAUAUUCAGGAAGGACUAAUUAUAUAACGGCGAGAAGAUAGACGAGAAAUUGGCAUUUAAAACCCAAAUGGGAAAAUUUAGCUUUCAGAUAAUUAUAUUUUUAACUUUCACAGUUACAGAUCAUAAUAUUCCGAUUAAAUUCAGCCAUUUUGUAUAAACUAUACAUGAUGAAGUGUAUGUGACAAACCCAUGUUUUAAUUUUUUGAUAUUAUGUAAUUUAAAAGUUGAUCUAUAUAUAGUUUCAUAAUUUUUAGAAAUGUUUUCAGUAGAGGUGGUAAGAGUUUUAGAUACUGUAUUAUAUGUUACUUUUCUCCGAUUUAAUCAAGUAUGCAAGCAUGCCAUUGCCCAUGUAUGUUUCUAUUUUAACAUGACUUUGGCACUGCCACAAGGCAAAAGAUUCCAUUCAUUGCAUACUUCUUAGGUUCACUCACCCAGACUUUUAUAGACUUAACAAUUGCAUCACAUCAUUUCAAAAAAUAACUAUAUCUCUGUAGAAAUUUUAAAAAACAUAAAUCACUUGUAAAUUUUGUAUGAAUAUUAAUUGUACUCCACUGUUUUCAAUGUCAGGAAAUGGUGUUGUGGAACACAAAAUAUUUCAGACUUGUCGACCCUAUUCAUUCUUGUAUGAAAUAGAGAAAAAAAGUUAUAUGUUUGUGAUUUAUAGUGUUAUCAACAAGAUUGAAAUAGGAGGGAACAUAAUGUGUGAUGAAGAAAGGCUUGUGUAUAUUUUUUAUUUGGAACAUUAUAUUCUCAAGAAAUUCUAAUUCUAGCAUCAUUUUUUUUUGUAAUAUACAUUCACUGUAAUACUGAUACAAAAGAAAUUAUUUAAUUGCUAUCUGUAAAGAAAAUGGAACAAUAACAGAUGAAAUGCUACAAGAAAAUUAAUAAACUGAAACCUGAGGUUGGA